AUGGAGGCCAACGCCGUCGCAGGUCCAUCCAAUGGCAGUGCGCCUCUCACAAAGAAUGCCAAGCGCAGGCUCAAGAAGAAGCAACAGCAGCAGCAAGAGUCGCAACAACGGCUAGCAUCGACAUCAUCAUCAUCAUCAUCAAUAGCUCGACCUGCCGCAUCCACCUCAGCUGCAAAGCAAGAUACUAGAGCCGAAUACGACGACAAUGACGAUGCUUCCCAUCGCGCCGCACUUAUCGAUGAAGCCGCUGACUUCCGCAUCGAUCCCAACUCAGAAGCAUACAAAGCCUUCUCGAACGUACUCUCGCGCUAUCAGCCCGACACGCUCUCUGCACAACAGCAGCCCUCAAAAGGCGAGAUCAUCUAUUCAGACGACGAUGUCGAGUCCGAACACGACGGCGAUUCCGACGCUGAUGAGACUGGCGCUGCUGCCGCGCACCUCUCCAAACGCAAACAGAAGAAGCUCCAACGUCUCACUGUAGCCGAACUCAAACAACUCGUACCCAAACCCGAAGUGGUCGAAUGGACCGAUGUCACCUCUACCGAUCCACGCUUGCUCGUACAUCUCAAGUGCGUGCGCAACAGCGUCCCCAUUCCCCCUCACUGGGCCACCAAACGCGACUACCUCCAGAACAAGCGAGGCAUCGAAAAGCCCCAGUACCAGCUCCCCGCCUACAUCGCCGACACCGGCAUCGCCACCAUGAAGGAUGCGCUCAAGGAGAAAGAGGCGGACCAGUCGCUGAAACAAAAGACGCGCGAAAGGGUGCAGCCAAAGAUGGGGAAGAUGGACAUCGAUUAUCAGAAGUUGUACGAUGCAUUUUUCAAGUUCCAGCACAAACCGCAGCUAAGUGGAUACGGCGAUACGUACUACGAGGGCAAGGAGUACGAGACCAAGUACAAGGAGAAGCGACCGGGGCAGUUGAGUAAGGAGCUCAUCGAAGCCUUGUCCAUUCCACCGCUGGCGCCACCGCCAUGGCUCAUUGCGAUGCAGAGAUACGGCCCGCCUCCCAGUUAUCCGCACUUGCCGAUCGCAGGGUUGAACGCGCCAAUCCCCCAGGGUGCGAGUUGGGGGUUCCACCCAGGAGGAUGGGGCAGACCACCCGUGGAUGAGUAUGGCAACCCGCUCUACGGCAAUGUGUUGGGCGGAGUAGAGGAGCAGAUGGAUGCAGAUUUGGUCGAUACAGUGGAAAAGGAGCACUGGGGCCAACUUGAACCCGAAGAAUCCGAUCCCGAAGAGGAGGAGGACGACGACGGCGAAGCUGAACAACCAGCCGAAGACGAAGCGUCAGAACAGCAAGACGUCGACAUGUCCGGCGUGCAAUCCGUCUCGUCCAUCGGCACCGGUCUCCAAACCCCGUCUUUCACUGAACUGCGCAAAGAUGCACGCAUCGAGUCGACGCCACGAUCGCUCUACACUGUCCUCCCCGAACGCGCGGCCGCUCCUGCAACAGCUGGCCAAUUCAUGUCUUCGGAACGAACCUACGAUUUCUCUUCCGCCCACCAACCCGAUCCUUCCGCACCUGUCCUUGGCGCCGAGACAGCGCGCGGCACCAAACGACCUGCCGCCGACUCGGUGGCAAUGUGUCUCAACCCGGACGAGCUAGUCCAGCACGACGGCGUGCAUGUCGAUCAGGAGCAGUACGAUGUGCAACGCAGACAGCAGUCUGCUCAGCGGUUCAGGUAUGCGCAGGAGGGUGAAGACGUGGCCGAAGUGAGAGCACAGUUGCAAAGCGAGAGGGAGAAGAGGCAGCGAGACGACGCCGAGAGACGGUCCAAUCGUAGGCAGGCGUAG